GAGAUGGAAGCAGAAGUCAGGACAUCCCCCUCCAGUUUAAAGAGUGACAAAUGUGACAGCUGAAAGGGGAGCGACACAAAGGGUCAGUACAAACAGUGUUGCAGAGUUUGGUGGCCCACGCCAUGGCUUGCAGUGUUUGCGGCCCGCGUGACGUUAAUUUUAAGCGUUGACAAUUUUUACUUCUUUUUUUUCUGCUCUUUUAAAUCGUCCCGGAUUAUCCUAUUCCCGAAUUAGCGCAUCACGGAUUAACGAGGUUCUACUGUAUUGUAUUGUACUUUUAAUUCGUUAUUAUAUAAAAAAAAUUAUGAAGCAUGUACUGAUUUGGAAAACUUAAUUUUUAUUCAUGAACAUGGAUGCAUUGUCUCUACUUUGGCAUUAAAUAAGGCAUAAAUCACAGAUGUAUUCUCAGAAUAUGCUAAAAAAUAAAAUAAAGCACAUUUAGGAUCUAGACUAGUAAUAUAAAUUUUUUUUUUUUAAUAACUUUACCGAGAAAUCUGUUACUUAGUAAUACAACAAUAAUGCCGACUUUCAUCACAAGUUACGGUCGCACAUGUAGUAAUAACUAGAGACCACGGAAAAUGGUGAAGUGCGAAAUUCACGAAAUAACGCGAAAAUUUGAUACUUUAAACGAAUUUUGCGACUUUCCUUUGAUUUCAACAUAGUCGCGAAAUUCACGAAUUUUCGCGCGAAAUUCGCGCUUUUUCGCACAAAAUGAUGUCCUUAUGUCGCAAGAUAUAUUUAUUUACGCCAUCAUAAACAUAGGAGUGAAAUAAACACAGACUGAAAGACUAGCACCGUGAUAUUAUCUUCGUUUUGACACGUUACUGAAAUUCACGUAGGUAUUUUUAUUACUCUACAAGCAGUAAAUAUUGCCAUCGCAAAUGAAAUAAAAAUGUAACAAAUGUCAACAAUCGAUAUGUGCACACUACCAACAUAACAAUAUUGACUGUCCACAGUUUUCGUGUUUAAUAAAACGUAAUUUCUGCCGCUAGGCGCACUGGUGUCGAUUUUUCUAACCUUCUACUUUAAUCGCAUAAAGCUAACAUGGCAGUCAUAUUUGCGUGCACAAAUCUAUGAGUGUUUACAUAUACCGUCGCCACAUUUUGUGAGUUUUGUUAUACAAUUGUAGUUAUGGCUAAGAUGCCGAAAAAUUUGACAAUAUUUGAUCGCGAAAGAGAGAUGAAAUUGGAUGGUUUUUAUAUUUUUGAUCAGCGGGACAAAAUUAUGAUGUGCAAGUUCUGCAACGUGCGGGUUGAUUGGACACGCAAAGACACAUGCAAAAAGCAUGUGGCAAAUGACACACACAAAAGAAAAAAACAAUUAUUUUGUCAGGCAAAUUCUACCGUGUCUAAACAAAUUUCGAUAAGCGACACCGUGAAAAAUAACAAACUGAAAGUGCAGAAACAAGAAUUUGUUUCUGAUUUUGUAAAUAUGAUGCUGGAAUCUAACAUUCCUUUGGAAAAAGCUGAUCAUCCAGCUAUGAGGGAAUGGUUGAACACCCAUGUUGAAGGCGCAGGGGAUUUGCCAUCAGCCAACACGCUCAGAGAAACAUAUGUCCCAAAAAUUGGCCAGUCAAAUAAGGAAGCAGUAAGGCACGCUGUAGAAAACAAACAGAUUGUAUUCUUGUGUGAUGAAACGACAGACAAAGUGGGCCGAUGUAUAUUUGUGGUUUUGAUUAGAGUGUUACGUUGUAGUUCGGUUCCUCUUAUGUAUGUAGGUGGUGUGAAAGAGUUGACAGCUGCAACUGGAUCUGAGUGUUCGAGAGCUAUUUUGUCAAUUGUGGCAGAGCUUGGAAUAAAAUUUGAAAAUGUUGUAGGUGUGAUAACUGACUCGGCCAAGUACAUGACAACUUGUGUGACUUCACUGAAGUGUGUCUUCAGUGAUGGUAUGGUGCAUGUCCAAUGUUGGGCCCACAAGCUCAACAUUAUUGCUAGUUUGUGGAGUGCCAACCUAACUGAACUGAACAUGUGUGUUGCAAAUGCAAAGCAUGCAUUUGUCAAUGCAAGAAAAAGGAAGCACAGGUACAUGUCUUUCUUGAAGGACAAGUACCCUGAGGAUGAAACAAAACACGUCCUGUUUCCACUUCCAAUAAUGACGAGGUGGACUUCAUGGUAUAAAUCUGCCAAUUAUGUAGGUGAACAUGUGGAUGAUUUGGUGGAGUUUUUGUCUGCAGAAGAAGAAGGAAGUAGUGCUAUUGUGCAUUUCAAAAAUCUCUCUCAAGAUGAUGUGGCUGUAAUCAAGUGCUCAUCAGUUUUUCUAAUUGAACAUUGCAUUAAAACAAUUGAUUCAAUAGUACUGUUAGAAGGUGCAAAUUAUGCCUUUUCACAUCAAGAGUACCCCAUACUAAUGGACCUUAAAAAUACAUUCACUCUGAUUAGCAGGGGAAUCCUAGGGGAAGAUACUUGCACAAGCAUAGCAAAAUUGUCAACUCAAGUGAAGCAGCAUUCACUUCGUGAAAAUCUUGUUAGUGUAGGACUGAAAUGUGUCACCAAGCUUUCCGAUUUGAUGAAUCGGAUUCAGGUAAAGACUUCAUUCUGCACAUCAGCAAACUUUUUCACCCCAGUAAUGUUUCGAACAAUGUUGUUGAUGAAAAACUGUACAAGUCAAGUGCAAAGAAGAUUCCUAUUCUUUGCCAACUUUCCCAGACAAAAUUUUUGGAAGGCUACUUGGCUUACCAAUAUCAGGUUUCACAACUUUUGGCUGAAAUGCAGCCUGUUGAUGUUGUCAGUGUUUUGAUGAACAUGCAAGUCCAACAUAGUGAAUUUGUUCAGCACUGUGUUCCUCCACUGUGGAUCCCAUCUUCAAAUGCAGACAGUGAAAGGGCAUUUUCAGCAUACUCACACAUUUUAGCAGACCGUAGAACAAAUUUAAAGGCUGAAAAUCUAGAAAUUCUUUUCACUCGAUUUUUUGGUAGUAAGGCACAGUCUGCUACUUUGUAGUGCCUGUGACUAUGGUAACUGUAGUGUUACACAUUUGUGUACUAACAAAACUUGCCUGCAGAGGAGAAUUUCUAGUAUGUACAGUGAGAGAGACUAUAAUUGAAUUUUGAUAUUGAAAUACUGUGUAUUGUAACUUAGAAUUUUUAA